AUGACGUCACACAGUUUAACCGCCAUAUUGAAAUCACAGUAGUCGCCAUUCUGUCUGUUUUCACACUUUCAGAGCAUCGCUGAGUCGUUCAUUCGCUCUAAACUGGCUGUGUCAACCGUGCUAAGGACAUACAGUGGAUAGGACCGCUUUACGAUGGCUACAAGGCUGAAACACCUUGUUUCUAAGAAGAAGCGUCGUUUCUUUGAAAACGGUUUUGAUCUUGACCUCACGUACAUCAAGCCCAACAUUGUAGCAAUGGGCUUUCCUUCAGAUAGACUCGAAGGCUUCUACCGAAAUCACAUUGAUGUUGUUGCUCGUUUUUUCGACAGUCGACAUCUCGGCCGAUACAAAGUUUACAACCUCUGUGCCGAGAGAAAGUACGAUCCAUCGCGGUUCCAUCAUCGUGUUGUUGAGUACGGAUUUGAAGACCACAAUGCUCCACCAUUCGAGUUGAUGCGGCCGUUUUGCGACGAUGUGGAUGAAUAUUUGCGUGAGAAUGAGGAAAAUGUAGCAGUAAUUCACUGCAAGGCUGGGAAGGGUCGGACUGGUGUAAUGAUAUGUGCUUACAUGCUUCACAUUGGUCUUUUUGAGACUACUAAAGAAGCACUGGAGUUCUAUGGAGAUGCUCGCACAUCAAACAAGAAAGGUGUCACUAUUCCCAGUCAACGAAGAUAUGUUUACUACUAUGGUCACUACGUAAAGGGAGGAAUGCAAUACCGACAAACCACUCUUCUUCUUCGUGGAUUCAAGAUGCAUUAUCCUCCCAGUUUUAGUCGUGGCUCGUGCCAACCGUUUUUCAUUAUCCGGCAGGGCUUGGAUAAAGUCAAGCUCUUUACAUCAAGGGUUUAUCAAUCACCUUCCUCGUCUGCUCCAGAUGCACACAUUAUCAACAUGAUGCUUCCAGCUCCUGUCCCGAUAUGUGGUGAUAUCGAGGUUGAGUUUUAUCACGUCCUGCCUUGGUUUACGAAAGAGAAGCUGUUUCAGUUUUGGAUCAACACGUUCUUUGUUCGCGCAAAAGUGAGGGAAGACGACGACGUCAAUGAAUCGUUUCCAAGAACGGAAUCAGGAGGAACGCUAGGAUCUAUGCCGACAGAGCAGGAGUUUAUAUUAUCUUUUGAUAGGUUAGGUCUAGACAAGGCAAACAAGGAUAAGAAACAUUACUCUGAUAAAUUUCGAUUGGAGUUGCUUUGGAGUCCCACUGAGGCGGAUGAGGCGGAUGGCAUUGGCAGGGAACUUAGUGUAGACUCAUUAGUAGAUGAUGCUCCAUCUGCACUGAACGAUGACGAGGAGGACUUGUAUAAUUACUCUGAUACGGACCCGGAGGACGAAUGGAAAGACUGUCCAACGACGCCUGUAUGAUUGAUUGACUUUGGAGGGGAGGGCUUGUACCAUUGGGUUAUGUGCACAGUAUGGGUACUGACUGGCUUUUGAUGUAUCGUUUGAAUUGGUUAUGUGGACACUUGGCUCGGUUGGUAGACGGUUUUCAUCAUGGUGAUGCAUGUCGUGUGUGCGUGUGUUAUGUGGACAUGUGAGCUAGUUGGAUAGAUACCGUGUCUUGUGCUGUGAUUUGCUACUGCUUGUAGGUUUCAGUGUAUUCCAGUUUCUUUCUCGGUGUGACAUUUUGCCGCAAUGACAAUAUUAUUAUGGCUGUUUAUCAGAA